AAAAAUAGUACUAUGCGGUAUUAAUUCAAACUGUUACUUUUGGGAUGCGGUCACUUUUUCGGUGACGGUUCUAAAAAUAAAAGGGACCACGAGACCGACGGAUAGUCUGUGCCGAGGGAUUGCAAAAGCACGCAUUUACGCACGUGUGUGAAGGGCACGCACCGGCCGGCGUCGCGCACACCCGCAUAGCACGCAGACGCGCCAAUCAAUAUCGGACUAUACCGGGUGUACACCCCGACCAUCUCGACCGUCAGUCAGCCAGUACACCAUCAGCUACCAACCACACCUUCUCAGGACUACUUUGCUACCGUCAAUUCACGUCAAUCUCACCCUUUUGACGAAGACAGGACGCGACGUCUCGACCAUUGCAUCCGAGUUUCACAAGCUAGCUAGCUAGUCAACUUUGUUACAUCCCGCUGGUUGCAAAACGUCACACACAGUACGAGUGGAGAAAUUAAAAAGGUACGAGAAAAGAUAAAAACUUAAAGAAAAUGGAAGCUAAAGGGCGAGUUGCCCUAAUAACAGGAGCCGCAUCCGGCAUCGGUAAAGCGUAUGCCAUCGAACUGUUGAAUCAGGGUGCCAAGGUGGCUAUAUGUGAUAUAAAUACUGAAGGAGAAAAACUGGUAGAAACAUUAGCCGAAAAAUAUGGUAAAGGUCGCGUGAUCUUCUUGCAGUGUGAUGUUACGGAUUAUCUGCAAUUCGAAGAAUCAUUUCAGACAACGAUCACGGAAUUCGGUCAUAUUGAUAUCGUUAUCAACAAUGCUGGUAUCAUGAAUGACCGGUUUUGGGAGCUUGAAGUAGACAUUAAUCUCAAUGGAGUAAUACGCGGUACUUUGCUUGCUCAACGAUUUAUGGGCACCGAUAGGGGUGGCCAAGGUGGAGUCGUCAUCAAUACGGGCAGCAACGUCAGCAUUAACCCUUAUGUCAGUGUGCCGAUUUAUUCCGCGACAAAAGCGGCUAUUGUCAGCUUCACCAGAGCUUUCGGGGAUCAAUAUCAUGUAGAUUUAACGGGCGUUAAGGUGAUGGCACUUUGUCCAGGUGCUACAGAUACUAAAUUGGUACGUGACGUCAAUAGAAAACUUCUUUUGGCUCGAUACGAAGAAGCCUGGCAAAGAGACAUAGUUUCAUCAAUUCCUCAAAGGGCAGAACACGUGGCGAAGGCGUUGAUGCACGUGCUGAGCACCGGUAAAAGCGGAAGCGUAUGGAUGGUGGAGAAGGACCAGCCACCGCACGAGAUCAGUUUUUCAAAGCACUAAGAGGGUCCCAAGCGCGCGCAACGAUUCUUCCUUGCUUCGCUGCAAAUAUCUAUGCCAUACCACACAAUUAACUGUAAUUUGUAUCGAGAUAUAUGUAUCCCAUCGCGUCGUCAAAAAGACGGGAACGCGAGCGAAACGUUUAAUUAUUUUGUACUUUCGUAUCAAAACUUUUAAAUGACCGAUACGGUUUUAUUUUUCUUUUUUUAUAACAAUAAACGCAUUAUUCGAGGUUCAUCCAUCAUCUCAGAUUUUUUAUAGAAAACGAUGUUUUUUAUACGUUUUAUACUUAUUGUUAGCAGAAA